GCUACAUACGAACUCAGAAAGAACUUGAACUCAAAUGAGCAAGUUAAAAUGAAACUCUUUCUCUUUGUUUCGGGACUAUGCCUCUGCAGCUACACCUUUGGAGUGUAUGUACAGGAAGGAGACAGAAGCUUCCCUCUGGAGGCGGUGAAGGCUCUGAAGGGUCUGAUGGCCAUGGAAGAUUUUGAGGUGAACCCACACGUCGCAGAAACCAGCAUUGUAUCGGUGUGCAAGGACCCUCUCCUGCCACAAGUUUUUAAGCCAGUUUGCCAAGGGAGAGGAGCGGCCAUGACACUUUCUAGACUAGUCAUGCUUAUCUCACCAGUGGAUCCCUGUGAGAUCUGUGUCAACCCCGCCUGCUUCGGCUGCCUCAACUGAUGCACAAAACAUCAUUCCCAAAGGCACUUCUCCUGUGUGCAAACAUCCACAGUGCAUUCAUGGAGUAAUCACCAGGCAAAACAGAACUAUGAACUUUCAAGGCUGCUGAUUGUAGGCCUACAACAGUCCCUCUAUUCUUCUCGACUAGAAUGUGCACUGUCAAA